ACAACAGGUGCUACAUAAAAAUCAUGGCUCCUGAAACGAAUCCGGAGCCGGGCCGUACUGAAUUGACAAACGGGACGGAAGCCCGUCGUUCAGAGGGCCAUGCCGCCCCAUCGUCUCCUGUUCAGUCCUCCAUCAGCAGCUCUCGUGAUCCACACCCUGUUCUACGACCACGCGCAGGUUUUGGAAACGGAAUUCCACACGUCUCGCAACGCCUCGUUGCAGGCAUGCCCUCCUUCCCCGGAAGCCCGGUCUCCCCUUCCUUGGUCGUGACAGGGCAUGAGGAUUUUCGCGUCCAAGGUCAUGACAAUAAUGCUUUGGUGCAUGAUGAAGUCAUGGCACCGUUGUCUCAAGUCGUUCUUCCGUUCCAUGGGACUCAAGAGAGGGGUCAAGAAGUAGUCUUUUCUUCCCAUGCGGCGGGUCAUCCGGUGGCUUCGGAGCACACCCCCGCGCAGGACGAUGCUGGGGUUGAGAACAAGGAAGAUGGAGAGAAGCAGAACAAGAAAGAGGGGGAAGUGCAAACCAGUAAUUGGUCUGGCAUACGUAGGGAUGCAGGUUCCAGCGAGACGAAUGGAAGGCGAGGUGUGGGGAUUGGCGCAGAGGAGGAGGAGGAGGAGGAGGAAGACGAGGAGGAGGACGAGGAUGACGACGGGGAGGACGAGCAAGACGAAGAAGACGAAGAAGAAGAAGAAGAAGAAGAGGAGGAGGAGGAUGCCAACGAGGCUGACGAUGAGGAGGAAGACGAGGAGGUGGUAGGGGAGGACGAGGGAAACGAAGAAGAGGAAGACGAAGCGGAUGGGGGAAAAGAGGAGAUUGGAAGACGCCAUGAGCGUGAGAACAUUUCGUCCGUCCAGGGGACGAGGGCUGUUGUGCCAGUGUUCAGAGAGAGACACGGGGGAGGGCGCGGGGCUCUGUCGGGCGCCUCCGUGUCGCAUGCUUUGCCCUUGGCCGGUGGAGUCCUGCGGAUGCGGCGGUCGCGGGGAGUUUCCUCCAUCCAAGCGGCUAACGGAUCGCGCGUCCGCCCUCCGUCCGCCGGCUCCGUGCGGGCAUCCCCUGCAGGGUCCCGGCUAGAACCACCCGCUCCCUUCGCCUCCGCCGGCCCCUCUCCUUCCCCUCGGACGUGCGCGGAAGUCAGCGGGGAACAAGCCGGCCGCGACGCCUGGGUCUGCCCCGUCUGUUUGCAGCAUUUCGAUGAGCCUUGCCGCCUGCCUCGCUGCACCCACACCUUCUGCAAGACGUGCAUCCAAGGCAUCAUCCGAAACCUCGUGGCCGCCCACCACCAGCAACAGCAGCACCAGCAGCUUUCGCCCCCCGCGCCCCAUUGCCCCCUCUGCCGUCUCAAGUUCACUCCCGCCGAGGUUCAACCCGACCAGGCCCUGUCUCAGGAGAUGAGCGCCGCCAGGGUCCGCUGCGGCAAUGCCCGGUGCGAGCGGCUCAUGACCCCCCUCGAAAGCAAACGGCACCAGGACGAAUGUCCUUACGGCGUGGCCCCCUGCCCCCACCAACAUCACGGCUGUGGCUUUCAGACGCUGCGGAGGGACCUCGGUGCCCACCUGAGCAUGUGUCCCUACGAGCAGAUCAAGGGCCUUUUCCCCAAGAUCCGUCAGAGCAACGAGCACGUCACGGCCGCCAUGCGCGGGUGGGAAAAUGCCUUCGUCUCGCAGCAACAAACCCUUGCCACCCACGCCGCGUCUCUCCGCAACCUGGAACACCGCUCGUCAUUCCCUCUCUCCCGCCACCUCCAGCUCGUCACCCUCCUUCUCUGGGAACCAUACCUGUGGCUUCAACAAGCCGAGCGAUGGUCACGUUCCUUCUCCCUGCGGCUUUUCGCCAUGCAGCUCUACGCCUCCCCGCUCGUCCUCAUCCUCCUCAAAGUCGCCGCCCGUAGCAGUCCGGACAUGCCAAGGGAGCCGGGGCACGAAAGCCGCCGGUGGUUUUUCCCUCCGGCGACGCACUACCCCGCCCCCAUUGUCGGCGCCAAUUGCUGCCCGUCCUCUCCGUGCCUUGGGCCACCCUCGUCCUCGGCAUCCUCGCUCUCCUUCCUCACACCAUGGCCUGCGGAGAGCGCUAAAGAAGGCGACGGCCAGCCUCAAGUCUGCAGCCUCGGGAUGGCGCCCGAGCUGGCAUGGUUCGUGCUGAUCCUCGUCGUGGCCGUCGUCCUGGUCGAGGGCCUUCAGGACGCACCCCCUGUCCUCUCCACCGAGCUAUGCAUCCCAUUGCGACCUGCCUCCUGGAGGGCAUUCUUUCCCGGCUUACCUUUCCCGUCCAACCGGCGCCGCACCUCCUCCUACGACCCCUCCUCCCCGGCACCUCCUUCCGUUCCUCCCUCCCAAGCCACCCCGCCCGCGCCUCGUUCAGAUCGAACCCCCCAGACCCACACUGGCACACCCCCUGCGAGCACUGGACCUCACUCGUCACCAUUCAUUCCUCUCGUACUGUCCGUUCCGAUCCGUUACGGAGAGUGGCUUUUGCAGCUCGC